AUGGAUGCCAGCGACAGUGAGUAUGAGAGCCCCUCAUUGUCUUCAGGCAUGAGGAAGAGAAAGCGUGCGGCGGAUGCCGAUUCCUCGCGGGCGAGGAAGAAGCAGAAGCCUGCCCUGGGCGACCUCCGCAAGCUGCUGGUAACCUACCGCAGCUUGCAGCAAAUGCAACGGGAGGUCAACGAGCAGCUCGCCGUGUGCAGGCAACAAAUUGCCAAGCACAAGUUUGGCAGCGUCCCGCGGAUGUCGCGCCAACGCGCCCGCCGCCGCCAAGCUCAAUUCCGGCGUCUGCGUUCUCCCUUGCGGGAGGUUGUCCAGGUGGAGGAGGACCCACCUACACCAUCUACACCACCUACAUUGUGGGUGCGUGUGAGGGGGUGGGUGUGGGGGUGGUGGUGA